AUGAAGCUUGCUACCCUAUUUCUAAACGCUCUUCGGAGUCUUCAGGAACCGAUCGUUGCAUCUGUGCCAUCAAGUACAUGUUCUCUCGAAUUCUCCACGUCGUGGGAGGUCGUAGGUCCCUUCCAAGUAGGCACGCGAGGCAUGGUGCAUCCAUCAUCACUGGAUGCAUCAGAAACUGAUAUUGCGACUUANGAAGCAACAUGGGGUGCCGAUCCACUCGAAUACUAUGGUGGCUUUCGCUCCUUGAAGUAUGAUAAGGAUGCGAAAUUCCCAAGCUCUCUGGCCCCUAAUGCAACUGUCUCCUGGUCUACCAUCACGGCCCGACAGUCAUCCUGCGACACUCGCUCUGCUCGAACCGAUCUGUCUGUAGCAUUUCCUGAUGUCGACUUGGCUUUUCUCCAGCGUAUCUACGGUUGGGCGGCUCUCCAGUACCAAGGAUGGGCUCGAGGCCGUCUUUAUGUCAAUGGCGAGAAGCUUCAGACCUUGACUCUUGCAACAGACAAUAUCCUAGAGUUCUAUCUCGAUGGACAUCAUCACUUCGGCGGAGACUAUUAUGCCUUUCGGAGAGCUCCAAUCGUCUUACAUCUUGAGCCAGGAGAUCACAUCAUCGACCUACGGUUCGUUCGUGAUGUGCGAGCCAUGGGUGGCGUAGGUUCUCCAACCAUCGACAUGCAUCUCGAAGCGCGAUCCACAACCAAGGAUCUUCACAUCGCUGCAGACAAUGCUCUCAUGCCUGACAUGGUCGGCGGACGUUUGGCAAGCAUGUUGGGUUCUAUCCGGGUUCGCAACGAUCAUGCACUACACGACGUUGAAAUCUUCGCGGUCUCUGCCAACGAUAGCUCUUACUUUGUGUGGUUGCUGCAACCUGAUGAUUUCCGAGUCUUUGCUGGGCAGACCAGGCCUGUGUCAUUUGCCAUCUCAUGCAAGACGAACUGCAGUCCGUAUCUUGGUAUCGACAUCGAAUAUGGAAUCGUUGGCCGAGGCCACUCUCAAGCUUCUGUAUUGCACGUCGAUCAUCAAUUUACUCAGCGAGAGUUGUACGAACCAUUGAAGGUGACUUUUUAUCAUCCAGGUGGAAUGGUAUCCUAUGCAAUCUUAAAGCCUCCGCCAUCAAACAUCUCCUGUCCUCUAGACUCGGAGGGUCUGUUGCCCGUGUUGCUGCAGCUACAUGGCGCCGGUGUAGAGGCCGACAAUGACAUCGUAAGACAUGCUCUAGAUUCGCUGGACCUCUGUGCUUGGGCUAUAUUUCCUACAGGAUCAACUGCAUGGAGUGGCGACGACUGGCAUGUUUGGGGCUUCGCGGAUGUAGAGGCAGCAAUCAAAGCAAUACCUGGAUGGACAGAAAGCAUUGGUUGGAACGGACCUGGUGUAAACGUGAAACAUUGGCUUGUCGCUGGCCAUUCAAAUGGCGGGCAAGGAACGUGGUAUGCUUUGACGCAUCGCCCUGACAACGUCUUCGCAGCUGCCCCUAUCUCUGGUUACUCGUCCAUUCAAAGUAAGUCGCUCGAUGCUUCUAGUAAACUCGAACUAACAUCACANGACUACGUGCCUUACGAUCUGUGGCAGCCAGUGCCUCCUGCGGUUCGCGCCCUCCUGGAUGCGUCCUUGAGCAGUUACCGACAUGAGCUGUUGCUAGAGAAUGUGAAGGGUAUUCAAAUCUUACAACAACAUGGCAGUAUUGACGACAACGUCCCUGCUUUCCAUUCGCGACUGAUGAACCAACUCAUAAGACAACAGGCUGCAAACUCAUCGUACGUCGAGCUUCAAGGAAAGAAUCACUGGUUUGAAGGGAUCAUGACAACGGAGCCUCUGAGCAGGUUCUUUGAGCAAGAACUCAACGACCUCGCACAACCCUCACGAGCCCCUGAGGCUUUCACCCUGGCGGUCGCAAAUCCAGCAGACUCGAGUUCAAAGUUUGGAGUGGAAAUUCUUCACCUGCGCCGUCCGGGCCAGCUUGGAAAGAUUCACGUCUCCUUCUCCUCAUCGGAGUGCUUUCUUCGAAGCUCUAAUGUCCUGAGCUUACGUCUGCCUAGCAUGUAUCCUCGAACACAUGGCAUUGUUGUCGAUGGUCAACGUAUAGAGCUCUCUCUCCAGGCCAGGAGCAAUGAUUUGUGGCUCUCUCCGGAUGGUACCUGGAAGGUUCUUUCAGAGCAUCAAUCAAUUGCAUUACGGGACAGGAACCAGUUAGGCGGCAUGGAUGCAAUUUUCCGGACGCAGAACACUCUGCAAAUUAUCAGCCAUUCUCAGCAGGCACGCCAUACUGCUGUCCAGAUAUCUCGAAACUUCUGUCAAUACUUCGGUGCCGAUACGGAGAUCCUGGAAUCUGGAAUCAGACCCUCAAGGCAGUAUAGCAACAUUGUUCGUGUUCUUGUGUCGAGCCAUUUACCUGCUGGUCAUCUCAGAGAUUUCGCCUUCCAAGUGGACUCUUCCAAUGGCAUCAGGAUACGCACAACAAUCGGCCAGAUGAAUUACCCUAACUCGGCAGGUCUGGGCGCCAUAUUCUUGAGGCCGCUGCCGGAAGGAGCGGUGGAGCUGGUAGUAUGGGGUUAUGAUGCAGACGGUUUGGACGUAGCAUCGCGCCUUGUACCUAUGCUUCCAGGAGUUGGACAACCAGACUUUGUUGUAGCAGACAGGCGGAUGCUUCAGGAAGGUGCGGGCGGUGUCCUGGCAAUGGGUUCUUUUGAUCACCUAUGGAACGUGACAGAGACUUCGUACUUUACUUGA